UUUUCAAAAACGAAAGAUAAAGUGUUGGAACUGCAGCCUCGUUGCGAAACCUGUUCAUAAAUGCCGUGUGAUUACAUACCUUUUAUCAGAUAGUAUUUUUUUAUUAAAUGCAGCAUAACAGAUUGAUACUCGUGUUUGAAAAAGGUAUUUGAAAGCGUUUUCUCGCUGCGUAGAAGUAAACACAGCUGGAAUAAUAGCAAUUAUAAUUUACUGUUCAGUUUUGCAUAGGCUAAUAAAUUUAAGUCUGUAAGUUUGCCUAAAAUUCCAAACACAUGGAUCAGUUUGCGUUACUUUGUGUGACUGCAUGCUUAUAUAUCCGCGUUUUCUGCGCGCACAGUGGGUGUUCUGCUCAGCGAGGGCUCCCGCUGACGGACCUGCCGUGACAGAUCCGGGUAGCCGCCGGGAGAGCUCCUUCUCCUCUCUGUCAUCCGGGUCGUGUGCGGGGUUCCAUCGCAGGUCCUCGCCAUCUCUCCAGGUUCGGGACCCCAGGGACGGGAAAGAGGCUCACUGGUUGAAAGAUUGAAAGUUACCCCUUCGUCUCCCAAGGACCAUGAAAUGUGUUUUUCCGGCAACAAGCUCCUCCCGUCCACUCUGGAGCUACGAAGCCAUCUGCGAGGUAACUCCGUGCGGUAAGAAAUGCUAACAUCCAAAUCAAAGUGGAUGCAAACUAAAGGGACGCGGUAGGAAACUACCCGAAUCCAUUUCAUACAGAUAAAGGGAAUUAUUCAAACACGGGCGACGUAUUGCGGAUAUCUUGCAGUGCUGAUGACUUGCCUGAGCAGCGCUUCUUUACUGUGAAUAUACUCUUAUUCGUAUCUGACAUCUCUCAUGUGGUCGCAUUGUGAAAAUAAUCAACAAAACCCUUGCGCUGUUGAUUUUAGACUUGCGAUACGAUUUUUACACGAUGCAGGUGAUAUACAUUCACAUCACUUUCUUUCUCAUGUGGAGUGUCUGUGUCUUAAGCCAUGGAAAUAAUAGUGGAUUAAGGAACAGUAUCCCUCCGAUAAAAUACGACCCGAGUGUCCGAGACGAAGGUUCGCACCAAGUCGUUUCCCGAAGUAAAUGGAAUCGGCGGGGUUGCGCCGGCGGCCGGACGGGGCGUGUGGAGGGACAGGCUACAGGUGCGUCCUGGGGAGCCGGCGCCCCUUUGGACCAUAACAUCACCGCGACCGGCUUCAAAAGUCAGAGGAUGACAACUGCGAAAAAGGGGCGAUCGGAGCACAGACGUCUGCUGAAACCGACCGAAAACGAAAGUGCGCAUUCAGGAGAAAGGAUGGAAAAGUUUCACUCUGCCAUGCCCGCUAUUACGGAAACGCCAGGUGGCGAUUAUACUGCUCCAAAGCCCCUGUGGAUGAGCAAGAUACGAGCGGAUGUGAAACAUCACAGGCGAAGGAGAGGAGCAACAGAUAGACGGAAGAAAAGUGGGCAGAAAAAGCAGCCGAAAAGCCCACAGCCAGAGACACUGCUGCCGAGACCUUUGGCCCUAAACCUGACCACUGACAUCCCGUUCGAUAUGACCAGAAAUCCGGACAUUUUCCCAGAUGACGAUUUUUUUGAUGCGACCCCAUUGAUUCCUCUACUUACGCGGGGGAGUACAAGCAGGUUAAGAAAUCCCUUUUAUCCCGUAAGCAGCGAAUCGUAUGGAGCAUAUGCCAUUUUAUGCGUAUCUGCAAUUAUUUUCAUUGUUGGGAUAUUGGGCAACAUUGCAAUUACGUGCAUUGUGUGUCAAAAUUUCUACAUGAGAAGCAUCUCCAACUCCCUUUUAGCCAAUCUUGCUUUGUGGGAUUUCAUGGUCACCUUCUUCUGCUUGCCGCUCGUUAUAUUCCACGAACUGACGAAGACCUGGCUCAUUGGGGAGUUCUCCUGCAAAAUCGUACCCUAUAUCGAGGUGGCCUCCCUGGGUGUGACCACCUUCACACUCUGCGCGCUCUGCAUCGACCGCUACCGCGCCGCCACCAACGUGCAGAUGUACUAUGAGAUGAUGGAGAACUGCGCCUCCACCUCGGCCAAGCUGGCCGUGAUCUGGGUCGGGGCGCUGCUGCUGGCGCUGCCCGAGCUGCUGCUGCGCCAGCUAGAGCGGGAGGAGGAGGUUGGCGAGCCGGCGGCCCCACCGGCCCCACCGGCGGCCGAGCGCUGCGUGGCUCGCAUCUCCACCGAGCUGCCGGACGCCGUCUACGUGCUGGGCCUCACCUACGAGGGGGCGCGCCUCUGGUGGUACUUCGGCUGCUACUUCUGCUUGCCCACCCUCUUCACCAUCGUCUGCUCCUUGGCCACGGCGCGCAAGAUCCAGCGCGCAGAGCGGGCGUGUGUGCGCGGGACCAAGAAGCAGAUCCGUCUGGAGAGCCAGAUGAACUGCACGGUGGUGGCGCUGGCCAUCCUCUACGGCCUGUGCAUCGUGCCGGAGAACAUCUGCAACAUCGUGUCGGCCUACAUGGCGGCGGGCGUGCCCCGGCGCUCCAUGGAGGUGCUGCAGCUGCUCGGCCAGCUGCUGCUCUUCUGCAAGUCGGCGGCGACGCCGGCGCUGCUGCUGCUCCUGUGCCGGCCGUUCGGGCGCGCCUUCCUCGACUGCUGCUGCUGCUGCUGCGCCGAGUGCGGCCGCGCCCGCUCCUCGACCGCCGCCAGCGACGAUGGCGAGCGGGAGUGCACCGCCGAGCUGGAGCUGUCGCCGUUCAGCACCAUCCGGCGCGAGGCGUCCAGCUACGCCCCCGUGGGCACACGCUGCUGAGGCUGGCAGCCGCUCGCGCCGCACGUACCCACUUCACUGUAGGACUGUUCAUCUCUCUUUAUAGGCAGAAAAAAAACCGAACCCAAAUACAUAUGUUUGUUACCAGAAAUCGGCUGCCACUUUUUCUCGUUCCUGCCAGGGUUGAUCUGGGGUUAAAUUUUAGCCCUAGACUUUGGGGUCCCUCAUUUCCCCACAGUAAAUUUUGACGAGUAGAUGGGGGGCAGUGACAAUAAAUUUUGCCAACCCCCCCAGGAAAUGGUACCCAGGAUGCCGAUUGGCCCAUCUAGCCCUGCUUCCUGCCAAUGCCAUUUGCUGUGAUGAUGUGAUAUUGUACUCACCGUACUGUAAUAAUUAUAGCACACAGUGUAUGUAUUUUAUCGUGGUAAUGGAUGCCAUUUUGUCAUCUCGAAAAUACAAUAUUCCAUGUGUUUUAACCUACGUUACUUUUCACUGCGGAUCAGUUUAUCCCCACAGACAUUCUAAUGAUCUUGCUGAUUUUGCUCCACUUUGAUCUCCUUGUUUAGUUAAAAAGAAAAACAUAGAAGUCAUUCCAUUGAAUAGAAAGUAAUAUAUUGAAAUGGUCUGUUUGUGCUGUAUGGUCUCGUUUGAUAAGGACGAUUCUCUGAAUCCGCUCCUCUGCUUCCCUGCUGUGUGACUGUUUCAUUCACUGGGACCUUUGGCUGUAUUUAGUAGCGGAGAAGUGUUACGGACACCUUGGUUGUUUCACACAGACGAUGGCUCCUUUUAGUCAAGAAAUAUAACGUUAAUAAAGGAAAAAAAUGACAAAAAUGA